AUGCUUCGCGUCCUUCCUGCGCUGCGCCGCGUCGUGCCCAGCGGCGCGCGCGGCCUCAGCUCGACCCGCGUGACCCCGCGCGUGUACUCGUACGGCGAUGGCUACCUCGGGACGCUCGGCCAAGACAACUUUGACGCCGUGGUCGCGCCAACGCCGAUCGCACCGUUUGACAACGUCGAGAUCGCGUCGCUCUCGUGCGGCUGGGCGCACACGGGGCUUCUCGACGUCGACGGCAACGCAUACGUCUUUGGCCGGUCGCACCACUUUCGCAACGUGAUUCGCUCGAUCAACAUGCAGCGCAUGGUGCCGUACUUUAUGAAGUUUGUCAACACGGUCGGCGGCGAGCGCACGGUCGAGGCCUUUCGCCCGACGCUGGUCGACUUGCCGGCCAAGACGACGGCCAUCUCGUGCGGCGCCGCGCUGAGUCUCUACUUGACCGAAACAGGCGACCUCUACAGCAACGGUGGCAACUCGUACGGCCAGUGCGGCAUUGGCAACGAAAACACGAGCGUGUGGGAGCCCACGAAGCUCAAGUUGCCGCCGGUCGCGACCAUGGCGGCCGGCUUCCAGCACGCGCUCGCGGUCACGACGAACGGCCAAGUCUACGGCUGGGGCAAGGGCGAGCGCGGCCAGCUCGGCUUUGGCACGGUCAACGUCAGUGCGCCCCAACACAUUGUUGCCCUCCGCGAGAAGAACGUGGUGGAGGUCGGCGCCGGCUUCAACCACUCGGUGGCGCUCACAGACGCGGGCGAGGUCUUUGUCUGGGGCAAGCUCCUUGGCGCUGACAAGUACGGUCGCAAGACGGGCGAAGACCAGAUCACGCCCCGCCUCGUGCAGACGGCCGCACCCGUGACGCACAUCAAGACGAGCUUCUUCCACACGUUCAUGGUGACGGAGGACGGACAGCUGUGGUGCAUGGGCCGCAGCCAAGCGAGCCAGCACGCCGAAGUGGCGCAACGCAAGUACCCCGAGACACAUAUUGCGCCGCAUGCGAUCGACAACAGCUUUCUGCGCGGUCGGCGCAUCGUCCAUCUCGGUGGCGGUGUGCACUCGACGUCGCUUGUCACCGACGACGGGAAGGCGUUCGAGUGGGACUGGGAGCAAGGGUUCCGCGCCAUCAACGCCACGAAAGACCUCCACGUGCUCGCGUUCGAACGCGGUUAUGGCACCAACUUUGUCCUUGCCAAGUAG